AAAAGUAGUAGGUAUUUUCUCCCUCUGUUUUUGCAAUAAAGGGUGUUAACAACACUGUUGCCCGUUAAACGCCAAUUUACAAAGCAAAAGGCGUAGAAAAAGUUGUAAAGUCAAACGGAAUAAAAGGGAAAAGAAGAGAAGCUAAAGCAUUCUGAAAUAGAACACAUAAUUACAGCAGUUCCACGUCAGUCUUUAUAAAAAUUAGCCAGAAAUAUUGAAUCGGUGUCACCAGAGCCCUGGGCAAUGGAUAUCACGCUAGGAAGUACCCAUGCGUCCUCUCGCCUUCCUGGACCGGCAAUAAAUCCGGUGGUGGAAAAUUCCGAAGAGCCGCAGCCGAGUUUAUCAGACUUGCAUGAUUUUGAGCCCAAAUUGGAGUUUGAUGAUACAGAAUUGCUAUCGCCACCACCGUUGCAAAAGGAUGUUAUGGUUGACGAUUUUGUAUUAGCAGAAGACGAAGACAUCGAACCUGCGGAGAUAGUAAAUCCAUUAGAAGACGAUUUCGAAGAUCAGUUGAGGGAGGAACAGUCGGAGGCCAUUGUAAGCGUUAAAAAUAAAUGCGAUUUUCUUGGUACUGAUAAGCAGGGUAGACAUAUAUUUGCAAUUUAUGCAUCACGAUUUCCUGAGAAAUCUCAAAUGGAAAAAUUCAUCUGUGAUGUUAUAAAAGAAAUUGAACCAUUUGUAGAGAAUGAUUACAUUCUCGUCUACUUUCAUCAAGGUCUAAGGGAACAUAGCAAACCAUCAGCACAAUUGCUUUGGAAUUCUUAUAAAGAAUUGGACCGCAACUUUCGAAAGAAUCUUAAAAAUCUAUAUGUAGUCCAUCCUACAUUAUUCAUACGUUUUAUAUGGAAAUUUUUUAGUCCAUUCAUUAGCGACAAGUUUCGACAAAAACUUGUAUAUAUUUCCAGUUUGGACGAAUUACGGCAAGCACUGGGUUUAUCCAAGAUAAAGGUGCCGGAUAGCGUAUGUGAUUUCGACGAACAAUUGUCGCGCAGUAAAAGUGGAUACGGAUACGGUGGCAACAACAACACAUCCAAACACAUGGCCAACACAGUGCAGUUUGGCGCUCCACUAAAAUUCAUUGUGUCAAACAGUCCAUGUCUCAACUCCAUACCGCCAAUAGUGCGAAAAUGCGUGGAUUCGCUCUCCAUCACUGGCAUGAUCGACACCGAGGGCAUAUUUCGACGUUCAGGAAAUCAUGCCGAGAUAAUUGCAUUAAAAGAGCGCGUAAAUCACGGAGAAGAUGUGGACUUGUCAAAUGUCAAUGUGCACGUAAUCGCUGGCCUACUUAAAAGUUUCUUACGGGAUUUAAGUGAACCACUACUUACAUUCGAGUUGUACGAUGAUAUUACGAGUUUCCUAGAGUGGCAAAAGGAGGAACGCUCCCGUAAUGUGACGCAGCUUAUUAGGGAAAAACUACCUGAAGAAAACUAUGAGCUUUUUAAGUACAUAGUCGAAUUUCUAGUCCGUGUUAUGGAAUGCGAGGAUCUAAACAAAAUGACGUCGUCAAAUUUAGCUAUUGUGUUCGGACCGAACUUUUUGUGGUCGAAUAGGAACAACACCAGCUUGGAGGACAUUCGACCAAUAAAUGCAUUUAUAGAUUUUGUGCUGCAAAAUCACAAAGACAUUUACCUGAUCGAUGUGAAUCAACGUCACACACCCAUCGGCUGAACCAGGCGGAGAAUGAGUGUUACACAACGCGCAAAUAUUAAUAGAACUGUGUAUUUUAAAGUAGGUUUAACGAGCAGCACCCGGCUUUGAGUUUGUCGGUGCACAAAUUUGUAUUAUAUACUAAUUGAAAUAAGAUUUCACUAUAUAUAGUUUUAAGCUUAAACAGUUUAAGAAAAUUUUAAAAACCCACAUUUAAGCACUAUCAAGAGUUUAAGUAAUGAGUGAGUACACUUUUAAAUACCGAGUUUACUCGAUGUACAGGAAACUGCGGCAAAAUUCCGCAGUAAAAUUGAAAAGUGUAGUGUGAACGUACGAGCAAUUUUUUUAUGAAUUUUUAUGUUAAAGUUGAGUGUAUUUUCUAUAAAUACAAUGUUCGAGACUCUCACUUUAAUUUCUAGCACAACUUGAUUUUUGUAAGAUUUGUUGACUUAAUGAUUCAUGAUUUGUGCACAAUUUGAAAUAUAUACAUGUAUUUUUUGUGAACUUAUUUCUAUUCAAAUAUAAUUAUUUUUUUUUUAAUUCAAAUAACCAAAGAAAAUCAUGCAAACAUUUUAAUCUUUUAUAAUCGCCCCUAUUCCCGUUGUCGUUAUCGUUUUAAAACGACUUAAGAACGCCUAUUUGGCAUUCCUGUUGGCGUCAACGACAUUUAUCGAAAAUAAAUUGAGAUUCCCCAAUUUGCAACGACUAUAGAAACGACAUAGAAACAGUCGUUUUUUGUCGUUGCUAUAAUUGUGAGCGUCAUAGAAACGACGCGGUUGUUUGAAGGAAUAUUUGAAGUGAAGAUGAAAAUUCCAAAUCGGAAACAGUUUGAAAUUUUAAUUUCUGAAAUGGAAAAAUAUCCUGCAUAUGCCAAGGACUUUAGAAAAGAGAUAAAUCCUUUAAAUUUCGAUUUCUUGGGAGGGAUAUUUUUUUCUCAAAAAAAAAAACUAAUUCCAUUCCACCGCUUUCUCGCGUCGGAAAUUGUUGGCAUUAAUAAAAUUGCAUUUUUAUAUCUAAGAGUAUAUUUAAGAUAUGAAAGGUCUAAAAAUUCGAAACGAAGAAAAAAAUAGUACUCGAACAAGACGAGGAGUUAAUAAACACAUACCCAUGUGUUGGCUGGACCACUAGGUAGAGUAGUCGGAUUAGCCAGAAGCAAGGAGCAUGAGACGCUGGAAGUAUAACAUAUUUUAGAAGAAAGUUAGGAGGACGCAGAUGUCACCACUACUUCUUUUAAAAAAUCAAAUAAAGAUGGAAGACUAACAUUGUUGUACGUAAGUACAAUAAUUACAGUGAUAACGUUGUUUAGAGUAAAUAGAGAAUAGCAUAAAAUCCAUUAAGGACUGCUUUAAAAAUUUGUCUCGUUACAUAAAAAAGAAAUUUUUAUAUGGGAAAAGAGCGCCUUAAAGUAUACUAUAUAAAAUAUGUAGACAAAUUUCGAUAACUUAUCUUAGGCGUUACGAUAUACUUCAAGAAUACCAAUUUAGGAACGAAACGACGAUAAGAACGACGACGACUUAGAAACGACUAUUAAAACGACAACGACAACGGGAAUAGGGCCGAA